AUGAUGAAAGAAAGUGUUGAAAUAAUGAUAUCAACUAUUUUAGGAGAUUCAAUACAUGAAAUAUUUGAUUCUCCAGAUUAUACAAAUCAAAUAAAAUGUAAUCUUUAUAAAAUUAUUUUACUAAUAUUAAAGUUUUCUAUUUUGGUUAACAGUGAUGAACAUAUAUUAUUAUUUAAGAAAUCUUUUGAAAAUAUUACAAUAAUGUUAUUAAAAUUUUGCCUUAUUGAAAAUAUUCCAACUUCAUGUUUUGAUGUUUCAUAUUAUAAUGAUUACCGUUCUAAAUUAAUAUAUAUGAAAUCUAUUCUUUUAUCACUACAAUCAAAGUAUAGCUUUUUAUUAUUAAUUGAAGACAAUUUUUUAUCUGAUGAAAAUGUAGAAAGUCUUAAUGAUAAUAUUGUAUAA